AUGGCCGUCAUCAUCGACGACGACGAACGAGAAGACAAAGACGACGUAGAAGAAUCGAUGGACCACCCAACGACAGGAAAUCGCCAAUUGGAAGAGUUAGCGCACCACUUAGAGGAGACGAAAAUCGAGAUGCAGAGAAAAGGGGAGACCUUCGUUCCCAUGCGCUCGAGCAACAACAACAACGCAAACGAGAUUGGUUUAGACGCGUUGGCACCGUCGCUGGCGAAACCAGUGUCCGCAUCUAGAGAGAUGUUUGAACGCGCGAAAGAGACGCUCGUUUUGAGCGGGAAAACGAAGAUUACGACCGUGUGUUUCAGCAACAAAAGCGGCGUGGUGGGGGUACGCGCGGAAGGGAAAAUCGAAGCGAACGAGCGCAUUUUUGAACACUCGUGGAGAGAACAACGCGCGCCGUUCGGCGGGAUGUGCAUGGUUGCGAUUGAAAAGUUAAAGUUUGAAUACAACGUGAAAGAGGUGUAUUUGGAAUUGUUAAAGGAGCGGUUUUAUAGCGACGGGCGGAAGCAAGCGGUGCCGACGAGCGCGCAGACGUUUCUGAAGUUGGCGCCGGAACAGUUCGUGAGAGGAGGAGAAGAGGAUUUGGCGAACGCGAAGUACGAUUGCAUCUCGGAUACGUAUUACGCGUUGAGAGAUAUUCAACCGGGGGAGGAAAUUUUAAUCGCGAAGAAAGACGCGCUCGCCGCGAAACCGGGAUCCGUGGCGAUUACGUGCGAUUCCGAGUCCGUGGAGAACGAACUGUUGAGUUGGCUGGUGGAAGAGGAGUGCGCGCCGUUGCGUUUGCAGCCGUCGCAAAUUCACGAUGUGGGCGUUUUUCUCGCCGCCGAUUAUUCGAAGCCAAUCGAAAUACCGGUGUCGCAACUGAGCGAGUUGUUGCAAGGUCACUUUCGAAUGGCGCAGUGCCCGCACGGAUGGUUAACGAAGGAAGCUCCCAAGAAAAGUAAGAAUGGUAGUGGCGAUUUGGAUGAAGCGAUGCGAAAUAGAAUCAGAGAACGCUUUGGGUUUACCACGGCAAAUCAGACGUUUCCAUUGCAAGGUGGGUUUCAUCGCGUCACGUUUGCGCAGUUUCUGAAUCACGACGGCGAUGACGCAAACGUCGCGAGAGAUAGGAAGAAACCAGUCGCGACGUACAAAUUUACGAAUAAUCGAAAGGUUGGCAAAAAAGGCGACGAGAUUACCAUCGACUACCGCGUGGAUUCGCCUACAGAAGACGCUCGCGAUUUACCCGCGAAUAAAGUGUAUUACAAAUGGGCGAUUGAAAAGAAAGGCGGCCCGUGGGAUGAGAUUGGUAAAGGAGCGAAGGAACGGAAAGGCGCGGUGGAUUAUUCCAAAUGGGACAACAUCGAUACGGAUUCAGAUUAG